CUGGAAUGGAGUGAAACGAAAACAUACACGUGUUAUGUUGAUGCACACAGACAUAUUUAUUCAUUAAAAUGACUAUGCAGCGACGAGGAAUCAUUAAAAACCCAGAAAAUAGCGCCAUUGAGAAAAAAAUUAAGAGGGGAAAUGCUCAGAGACAGGCUUCAUCUGGUAGAAGUAAGGCGGCCAUGCUGCUGCUGCUGCUUCUGCUGAUAACAGUUACUGGACUAGUGAGCUGGAUGUAUUUCACGUGGACUGAUGACUUUACACACACCUUGGUUUCAAGAGGGGAGAUCCUCACUCAGCCAAGAGUUUUCAUGGUUGACUGCUCAGAGGACUACAAAAAGUACAAGCACUUUCCAGGUUGCACCCCAACAAAAUGCGGCAGAGCUAUUUCAGACAAUGUCGUGACUUUGGAGGAGGCACAAAGGCUUAGGAGGCUAGCUGAACGGGGGUUAUCACUUGCUGGCUCAGAUGGAGGUGCCUCCAUCCUUGAUCUUCACUCCGGGGCACUGUCAAUGGGGAAGCAGUUUGUGAAUGUAUACAGAUAUUUUAAGGAUGAUAUAAGAGAUGUUUUCACUGAAGAAGAUUUUGAGCUGUAUAGGGAUAUCCGUGGCCGAAUUCAAAAUGCAAUAGCCGAAAUAUUCGGUCUGGACUCCACACAAAUGUAUCUCACCAAACCUACCUUCUUCUCACGGAUCAACAGCACAUCUGCCAAAACCACUCACGAUGAGUACUGGCACCCACAUAUCGAUAAGGAGACCUAUGGAUCCUUUGAUUACACAUCGUUACUAUACUUGUCUGAUUAUGGUCUGGAGUUUGGUGGUGGACGGUUUGUUUUCAUGGACCCCAAUACCAACAGAACAGUGGAGCCACUUACUGGACGGGUAUCGUUCUUCUCAUCUGGUUCUGAGAACCUUCACCGUGUGGAGAAGGUUGCAUGGGGUACACGAUAUGCCAUUACGGUGUCCUACACAUGUGACCCUGAUUAUGCCAUUGAUAACCCCUCCCUGCCGUAGAAUCUACCUGGCUCCAGGAGAUCAAUAAGUGACAGGAACCCUAGAACAAACAGAACAUUUUUGAAAUGCACUCAUCUGGCACUUUCAACAGUUCUGUUUAUGGCAAGAAAAGCUUUCUUGGACUUGUUUGAAUUUUUUUAGGUGGAUGUGCUAUAUUGCAUUGGAUUUUUUUGAGAAGUGUUUUGUAUUUUGAGGGGAUUUACUGGAGUUGCCAUCAUUUUGCAGAUGUGCAUUGUGUGGUUUUGAUUGUGAAUCAGAAGGUACUUCUUUAAAAUUGCAUUCUCUCUUGUCUGGCUGUAUUUCACUCUUUAAAACCUUAUAUAUUAUUAUACUUAAAUCACUGUCUAGACAGACGGCACAAGUGGGAUGACAGAACAGGUGUAUGUAAUGAAAAGAAGGGAUUGGAAAAACAGGCUAUCAAAUAUCUCUACUUGUGUCUCUACCUGCAAAACGUUCUUUCAACAAUGAAAUGUCAAGGCAUCUGAUAACUAACAAGAACGAAAAAUUGCUUUCUUCAAUCAUGUCUUUUUACUUGCUUUUUAAAGAGGAAAAAUAUUUUACCGUCUUUCUAGAAAACUUUACCUUUUUUGUAUCUUUGCUGAAAGGCUGUAAUUACAAUAUUCACAUGGCGUUUGAUCAAUAUCAAAUAGCAGCUCUUUUAUAUUUCCAGAAGACGGACCACAAGGGCCAGAUGAUUAUGUGUUUUAACAUUUCAAUGCCAAGUACAAAAGUUGUUUUGAGGAUCUCAUGAGCUUUUGGAAACACAAUUGCUCUUUAGGCUUGGAAACUCAUUAAGUGGUAUAAGUGAAACUCAGCAUGUCAGAACAACUCACUUUUUUGACAAAUUAUUUUGAGAUGUAACAGCUAAUUGGCUUCUCUGUUUACAAGCAUGACCCAAAUCUAAAUGCUCUUACCUUCGUUGUGUGAGUUGAUGGUAGAUUCAAAAUAGAAGGGUGUUACUUCUCCCAUGUAGAAGAGAGAUAAAAUGGAGGUUACCGUUGAAUUCUUCAUAGUAUGUUUUUUUUUUUAGGCCUUGUGGAACAUAUCUGUCAAAACCUGUCACAGUGGUGAAUUGUAGGGGGUGACAAAAAGGUAAACAUGCUUUUCUUGGCUUUUUAGGCAAAUUCUGUUUCUACAUAUGCAGCCUGUUUUUCAACUACAUGCUUUAAUAUUAUAAUAAUAGCACAAAGACACUGUUUACAUCUCUUUUCUAUGUCUGCUGAUGAGUGAUGAUUCAUGGCCAGAAUUUUGGCUGAUAUUUAAUUAGCUCUUCCUGUUUUGUGCUGCAACAGCCUAAUUAGAAAUCUCUCUUGGCCAGCAGUGUUCCUUUUUUCAGUUGCUUAUUUGUUAAUGCUUUACUGUAAGAAUGAAUAUAAACUAGUGCAAAGACUGUUGCUAAAUUCACCAUUUUGGGUUUAUGCAAAACAAGCAGGGCUUAACCAUUGAUUUAUUUUCACUGGAUACAAUACACUGAUAUAUAAUCCAUCCGUUGCUUAUUUAACUGUGAUUAAAUUAAUUUGGUUGAGAUAAUAGGGUUGAAUAUGUUGCCUGUGCAUAAUUUUUAUAGAUGUUUGUUUUGAAAAUUGUGGAGAAUACACACUUGUGAAAUAAGUAAUAAGAUGACAUUUAUGUUGAAAAUGUUACAUUUACAUGGGUGUCACGCAUGCCCUGUUUGUGUUUUUUCAUGCAGGAUAUAACUUACAGUAGAUAUCUAAAAAUGCUCAUUCUUCGUAUCAGCAAUGGAGUUAUACACGAAUGACAAUUUGUGCUAUUGAUAAUAAGGUUUUCACUAAAAACCUUUAAUUCCUUAUCAUAAAUUAUGUAAUUACGAUAUGAUCCCUUGCACCAUGUAUGCGCCCAAUGGCAAUGUAUUUGAAUGGCUGUUUGUCCAGAAACCAUGUACAUGCCCUUACUUUAGGAAAUACCCAUUCUUGAAAUUAAAAAUUGAAUUUCAACUAGUAAAAGCCAUAACCUGUAAAUGAUAAUUCCUGAUUUGAACAAUUAAAUUACAAUAGUAAAAACUCAUUUUUUAUAUUUGGAAUUUUGUUUUCAUUAGUGUUAUGAUAAUUUCAGAUAUCUAUGUGAUUGUAUCUAGUAAGAAAGCCUUUUAACAUAAUGUAAGAUAUUAGGAUAUUUUUUACUCUUCAAUUGAAUGAAAUCUGAAUGAAAUACUGAAUUUAUCAUGUUUAAAUUAAUAUACAGAUAUCAAGAAUUAUCAAUUGUUCUAGUUACAAUUCAGUUGUUAUCGGGAAUGCACUAGUAACAAUGUAAUUAUUGAUUUAAAAAAAUAAUUUUACUAUUAAGAAGCAGUUGAUAUGUGUAUUUAAAAAGUGUGUUUUGAACAGGAGUGAAUGACACAUUGUUGUUUUUACUAAUUGAAAUUCCAUUUUUAAAAUGAAGAAUGGGUAUUUUCACUCUAGUAAUUGCAUUGUUGUUAUCAAAAAUAACCAUUUAACUGGUGAAAGUUAAGUUGUUGUACUCUAUAGUUCCUAUCCAGCACAUGAUUAAAUGGUGAAAUGACUCACGAUAACACUGAAGUAGAACUGUUUGAUAUUUAUGAGUCCACUGGCCAACUAUGGUUUUGUGAUCCUUUUUAAAGCUUUUUAAUCUUUUUACGAUCUUUCUUAAUCUUAAAAAAAAAUUUUGUGUUAUAUAGUAUUGAAGAUUACAUUUGUCAGUGUAUUGGCUGAUUCAUUUUCAAACAUGAAUGUAAUUGUACAGCAGAUAAACGCAGCUUAUGGCAAAGGAGGUUUGCCAGUGUGUGCUGUUGAUUUGAUGGACAGAUGAUGCUAAUUAAACAAUACCAGAAAACAAAUUAUGGAAACAUUCAAGCCUGCAACUUAACCACAAGACUCCCCUCCCAUCAAAUCACAAGAAUGUCUAGAUUGAUGUAACGCAAGCUCCCCGCUGGUGAUACAGCAUUCCGCACUGUUUACGCUGAAGUAAUGGAUUUUGGAGUAAUUUCUUAUGACUACCCAUUUGCAGAGCCCAAUAAUAACACAGAGUGAGAUUGUGAAUUAUUUAAUUUCUUCAGGAGACUGAUAAAUAUGAAAGAAAAUGUGCAACAUUUGACUGGCGCCUUCAAUCUGGGGUUGUGCAGUAUAUUUUUAAAUGUGUCUUGGUUUAGUGCUUUCUCUACAGGUCCAUUAGGUAAUGUAAUACACUCUAUCUUCACAUAUGACUAAAAUUUUCCACUUUUGAUCUAACCCUUCCAUAAUAAAUGCUGCAUGCGAGUGUUUGCCAGUUGAUGAGUUAAGCACUGAGAGCUGCUUAAAAAUUCACAUAACAGCUUUGACCCUGGUUUGGGCUUCAGCCCACUCUUUAGUGUGAUGACUGCAUGGAAACGUCAGGCCCCAGUUGUGUGGCUUCUGUUCUUUUCUCUCUAGAAAAAUGUAGACUGUAAGAAUUAAUUAUAUCCUUCCACAUUCUCUGUGCUCAGAGUUAGAUUGAGUGAGUGAGCAUAGGUUUUUUUCCAUUUUACAAAUCUGAAAGACCUUUGAGUCCAUACUGACACUAAGAAACAAAGUAGAACACUACAGGUGUUUGUUCUCUUUGCAUCCAUACAGAUAAUCUGAUUAAUUGGUUUGUUGUAUAGUUUAUUCUAUUUGAUAUUACUGAUCUAGAAUGACAUUUUUUUUUAUUUC